AUGGCCGAAGGCGACGACCCCACCACCUUCUCCUCCGCCGCCGCAGGUGGGCUGACCCACGUGGCCGCUGCCGCUGCCAUCUCACCCGCAACCGCUGCCAUGCCGCCGCCCCGGCCGGUGGCCACCGCGUCGGCGGCGAAGGCGACGAAGGGACGAGUCGGCGGAAAACGGGCGGCCAACCGCAACCACAACCCGUCCGACAGUUCUACGCGGCCGGUGAAGCUCUCCAAGGCGGCUGCGGCGGCUCGGGAUGACGAAUCGCAGCCGAUGCGGUCGGCGGCCUCCUCCAGCAGCCCUACAUCCAUUCCUCAACCACCCCCGCCGCCACCGCUGGCCGUGGAGGACGAUGUGGCCACGCCGACGGCCACCGCCUCCAACAUGUUCGACGAAAUGUCGCAAAGUCUUGAUGAUGAAGCUUUCAUGCACGCGACAAAUGUGGCAAAUGCUCAUGAGGCAAAUGAUGAUGGGAGGAGGCAUGGGAGGAGGCCACUUUAUUUUCAAAUUUUUGAUGCUAGUUCAAUGCAAAACCGCGACUGAACUGUGGCUGACAGCAGCCGCGCGGCCGUUUUCAGAUUUUUACACCUUUGCUUUGGACCAUCUAUUGGAGUUGCUCUUUUGGACCAUCAAUUUGGACCAUCUGUUGGAGCUGAG